AUGUCUUCUCACGGAGUGCCGGAGGUGCUGAUGAAAAAGGUCGACGAGUAUGUCGAUUCGCUGGCCCCUCAAAUCCAGCCCCGCAUCGCGUCAGAGCUCGAGCUUUUCCAGCAGAAAACGAUCGACAGCUUGGAAGACAAAGUCGUCGACGCCUUCCGCUCGCUCUUCCAGAAGGACUCGUCGAGCAACACCUCCAGAGGGAGCCCCUGGGCUCUCGACAACGCCGCACCAGAGGCGUACGGCGGGCAGUCGCUGCCUUUCGCCGACGAGAUCGCCAGCUUGACCCGCAGCUUCAGCCAGAUCGCUGACGGCGCGAGCGAUGACCUGCGCGACAUCUUUGACCUCACCGAAGGUGGCGGCGGCGGCAGCAGCGGCGACAGCAGCAGGUCCCGCGGCGGCGAUGCCUUCUCGCAGGGUGGCAGCAGCACCAAGGCCUUCUUCUCUGCCGCAUUGAACGUCGUGCAGGACCACCUGGACAAGAACAACAGCGGAGGCGGAGGCGGAGGCGGAGGCGGAGGCCCGAAGUUCCAGCUCGACGGCCUGCUCGGCGUGCUCAGCGAUACAGUCAAGGACGCCGCGCGCAACCCCGAGGAGAAAGCGCGCCUCAUCACGCCCGAGAUCAAGGAGAAGGUCGGCGCCAAGCUCCGCGACCAGCACGCGCCCAUCGCAGAGCAGUUCACGCGCAUCGCUCUCGACCACAUCAAGCACUGGCUGCGCGGCAACACGAGCACGCGGGACCUGGGCGACGGUGUCCGGGGCGAGGUCGAGGACCAGGUCAAGGAUCUGGUCAAGGGCUUCAGCGGCCUAUUUGGGAAGAAGCACUCGUCGAGCGAUGGGGGAUCGGCGAGGGGCUUCGGCGGCGACCGGGAUCGGGAUGGCGAGGAAGGAGGGGAGAAGAGCGGCGGGUUCUCCAAGGUCAUCAGCGACAAGCUCAGCACGGGCCUGGCGAAGGUGCAUAGGGAGGUGCGCCUCGAGUUCCGCAAAGUCCUUGGUGAGAUUGAGAAGCAGCUAUUCGAAUUCCUGCCCGACGAGGUGCAGCGCCCGCUGGAGAAGAUCCUGGGCGGGAACCCCUUCGACUCCCAGCUGGACCGCGAUGCCGAGCCCAGCGCGGACCGCGGCUUCGGCGACGAUAUCAAGGCCAAGCUUGUGGGCAAGAUCCGCGCGCUGGUGCGCAAGGUGCAGGAGACGCUACGCGAGAGUAUCCUAGGGGUAGUUAAUGGUGGGCACCGCAAGUUUGAGCGCGAGAGCUGGACCUUUGUGCAAGGUAUCGUGGAGAGCAAGGUACAGAGAUACUUGCCGAAGGUCAAGAUUACGGUCCCUGACGACAUUGGCAACGAGGGUGUCAGCGUUGGAGCGCUGGUGCAAAAUACGCAGCUCGGUGGUGGAAGUCAGCCUGCACCGUCUAAUGGACCAUCCUAUCAGCAGAACACGCCACAGGGACCGCCUCAAACUUAUGGCCAAAACGCGCCAUAUGAGUCGACUCCGGCACAUGGUCAGAACGCGGGAUACGGCCAACCGCAGUCCUAUGGUCAGAGCCAGCCAUAUCAGCAGAGCCAGCAGGGCUCGUCAUACGGUCAGAAUCAAUCCUACGGACAGAAUCCGUCACAUGAACAGGGAGCACCAUAUGGUCAGGGGCAAUCACAUCCUCAGAACCCAUCGUAUGGCCAGGAUCCGGGAUACAGUGGAAACCAUUCGGAUAGCCAGAAUCAGACCUUCGGCCAGGGACAACAGUACCCCCAGAGUCAACCGUACGGCCCGACCCAGCAAUACGGUCAGAAUCCGCCGUAUUAA